AUGGUGGCAGUGCGCGUGCCUCCCUCCUGGUGCCAGCCAGACACGCUGGCCUCGCGCCACAAGACUGCCGAUGCCAUCAUGCUUAACAAUGGCCACGCCCUUCCCAACGAGCCGACUCCUCUCCUCCGAACCAAAUACAUCCAUUUUGUUGUCUUCGGAUCCGACAAGGUUGGCAACGGUGCUCUCAAGCUGGGAUAUCUCGCUGGUCAAGCUACUGCGGCCGACGGCUGUCCUAGCAGACUGUCUUACGAUGAUGCCGAAUUCAAAGCCAAGAUCAUCGCCACCGCAUCCCAGCAUGGCAUCUUCCGCAAGCCUGCUGGCAAACCAACCCCACAGGCAUUCAUCUCUUUCGCCCAUGCCCUCGGCAUUCCAACUUGUUUCGGCAUGGCUGUCUGGCGCGAUGUUGCAUUUCGCAUUGCCAGCGGCGUCAGCACCUGGGGCGACGCUGGCAUCAGUCCCUAUCCAGCGCGUCAGUGGCGUGGCAAGAAUCUUGGGUGGAAGAGUGUGAUUGACGCUGCCACAUCCCAACUGGCUGCGAGCGGCGCCUUUGAGUCCUCGUUUCCUCGCGCGAACACACCAAAGAUCCUGGCUGCCCCUACCGUCCUUCCUGCUUCGACUGUCGAGAUAUUCCCGACGCCGCACAAGGCUACCGCCAAGUCGACCCAACUUCCUGGCGUCCAUUUCGGCGGUACCGCUCCAGCCACUCCUCCUCCGACUCCUUCACCCACCAAGUCUGAGCUGUACCACGACAACCCAUACCAGGAUGACCUGAACAGUCACACCCAUCGCCUAGAUGCCCACGACAAUCACCUGGCCCGCCAUGACUCCCAAUUCGACCUCUAUCACCACCACCUCAACACUCAGGAUGGACGUCUGUCUGCCCAUGACAUCACCCUCAAAGACCAUGGCAGCCAGCUCUCCAAUCAACACCAACGCUUGACAUCCAGCGCUGGCCUUCUCCGUAACCAGAGCGGCCGUCUCGACGACCUCUCCAACAUAGUCGGCAAUCUGGGAACUGUGUCGAAGGAGGCGACUGAGAAGCUCGUGCAGGUCUCUGGUGCUGUCGAUGAGCAUGGCACUUGCCUUGGUCGUCAAGCUGAGAAGUUGGCGAAUCUUUCAAACGCCGUCGAGGGCCACGAGACUCGCCUUGGUCUUCACGCCGAGAAGACAAACUCCCUCUCCAGCGCUGUCUCCCGCCUUGAUGGUUACGCUGAGAAGAUGGGCAGUCUCUCUGGCGUUGUCAAGGACCACACCACCAAGCUUCACCAUCAAGCCAACGACAUUGGCCGUCUCGCCACCACCGUCGCUCAAAACUACAACCGCAUCGAUCAUCAGUCGUCCAGCAUCCGCAACAUGUCCAAGAACCUCGACACGACACUCAAAUCCUACAGAGAGGACAUCAGCAGCACCCGCAAAGCUCAUGACGACCUGGCCUCUUCGCACACCGGCCUCGCAUCCUCUCACAAGGCCAUCAUCCUCACCACCGCCCAACACGGCAAAGACCUCUCCCAGCUCUCCGACGCCCUCGACGCCCACACCGCCGACACCGAGCGUGCGGCCACCCAGAACGAAUACCUCCAGCAACGCACCGUGGCCUCGCUCAAGCGCCUGGCCUCCGCAACUGCCAACCUCAAGGGCUUCUGCGGGGACGUCCAGGGCCGUGUUGAGACGCUCGAGGAUCGUGUUGAUGAUCUGGAGGCCGGCGGUCGUCUGAGCAAGCCCACACCCGAGGAGUACCUUGCGACGCCGAGCAAGGGCAUGAGGUCGUCGCUGAGGAUUUGA